UACAUGCACGCAAGAUGGCGAGCGAACAUGAUGGGCACUGUCAUGACGAUUGCAGCGAGCAUGAGCAAGAAGACGAUGGAUGGAUCGAAAUGGAGCGCGUUUACAAUGAAAAAUCGACCGAAGAGCAAAGCUUAAUUGAAUGGUUCACAAAGAAUGUUCAAGUGUAUUUAAAGUCGGAAAGGAGAACGACUGGUGGGAAAUAUGCAGUAUUGAGCUUUGGAUGUGGAAGCGGGGCAAAAGACCGAGCAGUACUUGCAGCAGUCUCUUCAAAGGUUUCUGAAGAAGAAAAAAUCCUUUACCACGCAGUUGAUCCGGAAGCCAGUCAAAUAGAGAGGUUCAAGGAAUCUGUUCACGCUUGCAACGGAAGCCUCGAGAAAGUCAGUUUCGAUUUCUAUGUGCAAACAUACGAGAACUACAUGGAAACUGUGUUUAAGAACGAGAACUCCUCUUCUAAGGCGAAUCUGAUUCUGUUCAUUGAUAGCUUGUGCCAUUUCUCUUCCACCAAUGAGGACGUUCUAGUACAUUGCUACAACAACGUUUUAGCAAAGAACGGUGCCAUACUAGUGACACUAUGGAACAAUCAAGAUUUCUGGUUCAAAAUACGAGAAACCUUCGGAAAGGACAGAGAAAGCAAACGUGAAGAAAAAGAAGGCAACGAUUACCUGACCAUUCAAGAAGUAGAAGAAGUUGUGAAAAAACGUGGUUGGGACUUUCAGCGGUUCUCACCCGAGUAUAGCCUCGACAUCACCGAAUGUUUUGAUCCAGCUUCUCAAACGGGUAAAUAUUUGUUCGACUGCCUAGCGUGCUUCUCGAAUGUCGCCGAUGAAGUCAAAUCUGAUCCUAAAAAGCUUUUUAAGUUCCUCAAAGAUUCCGAGUCGAUAAUUGGAGAUAAGCAUUUUCUCAAAGGAGAACAUGGUAUUCUUGUGAUAUAUAAACAAGAAUAAACUGGUCGUUUUAUGUGGGCAUGCACCACUGUUGACAAAAAAAUGUAACAUAUAUCAUACAGAUUUAUAACCAUGUAAAACUAAUUUUCCACUAUGUAGCUCCAAACGGUUCAAGGUCCGUGUCGUAAAGUCCGGUGCUAUUUUUGUAAUUCGAACUAUAUAAUUUUAUAGCUUUCAUUGAAUAAAAUAACGAAGAA